UCAACUUAUUAAUAAAGAAAGGAUGGCAGUUUGGGACAGAAAGAUUUCCUGUUGCUUCACGUUACUGCUCGCUGGUGCUCUGGGUCAAAGCGUGAAUUAUCCACAUACUGUUUGGGCUAUGAAAGGAUCGACCGUCCUCCUCCCCUGCUCCUUCACACCACCGAAGUCUGUCAAUGACAAUGGAACAGAAGUUUUGAUCGAGAUCAUCAGAGUCGUCUGGUGCAAGAACCAUCCAAUCCGUCACGGAUCGACUCCAUCUGUGUACGACAGCGAAUCAAACAACAACGACCCUCGUUACAGAUACCUUGGAAACAAGAAGGGAGACUGCACUUUACAGAUCACAGAUUUACAGAAGGAAGAUGGCGCAACUUUUCGCUUCAGAAUGGAAACUAAUGACAGCAGAGCAACUUUCACUGGCCAAUCAGGAGUGAGAGUCAGAGUUGUAGAUGGUGAUCAGAUGAAGAUAAGAAGCUCCAGAGAUGACGGAGAGUUUAAAAGAGGGGAAGCAGUCACACUGAACUGUUCUGCUGAAAGCUGCACUAUCCACCAACUGGAGGUCAGCUGGUUCAGAGAUGGCCACGCCCUCUCAGAGUCUGGCCCCGCCCUCCAUCUCAGCGAUCUGACUGCAAAGGAUUCUGGGAACUACACCUGUGGUUUGAAGAAGAACGAGCGCACCCUCUCCGUCCCGUACAGCCUGCACGUGGAGGCUGACGAGGCAGAAGAGGCAGAAGAGGAAGAACAAAAACAUUUCUACAUGAUUCUGAAACAUGAGAGUUCGAAGUGCGUUCGCAAGAAAGGAAACAUGACUGUGCAGCCUCCAGACGCCGUAGAGGAGCUGAGACGUCCAGAGGAACGAGGCCGGGCUGUCUGA